CCCCUUACCCGUUCUUUCUAUUCUUCUCCUCUUCCGCUUUUCAUCGCAAUCGCCCACCACCUUGCCAUCAGCCAUCCCCAUCUCCAUCACAUAGUCUGCAAAGCCGCUCUUUGGAACCGCCUUCAGUAUUAUUUGGGAUCGAGAAGCUGCGUAAUUAUUUUUUCUAACACUCGACUUCGACCGUUUCGCCAACCUCCAUUCCUCACCCGCGACGCCCAGCAUCGCUCGCUCUGAAACCUGGCCAUCGCAGUCUCAUCUCGACCAACACAGCGACCAUGAACCGCAACGACAGGCAACGUGCCGCGCCUCCCGCCACCUCCGGGACUCCUCAACAACCCGCGCCGACGACGCGAAACAACGAGUACUUCCUCCCACGAGAUGGAAUCGACCGUGAAGUCAUCACUGCCGACAUCUGCCGCUACCUGGGCAAUGAUGCCCUCGUACGGCCCGGUCACCUCGAGAAGAACGAUCGUAUCAUCCAGGGCUACUACAUCACCGCCUACAGGAAUUUGACGAGCGCCAUGAUUGAGUCUCUCAAAGAGGAUUCCCAAAAAUGGGUAGAGGAGAAGCGCAGGGCCCAGGGCGCCCAAGGAGCUCAGAUGAAGUACAUGGACUCGAUGCUGCGCAACCCAGCAGGCGGUUCCCAGCACAUGCCCGGCCCCAGCCGUGAUUUCCCAGCCCCUCAGCCUCCUUACAACGACCCCUACAGUGCCCCGGGCCAGGGCGGCUUCGGCCAGUACCCUCCUAGGGACGCUGGCUACCCGGCACCCAACGCCUUCCCCCCGCGGGAGGCAUAUGAUGACCGCCAGGAUCCGUAUGGACCCCCCAGAGGAAACCCGGGACAGUACGCUCCCGCAGGAUACCAGGCACCAGAGGGACCGUACAUGGCCACCGGGAUGAACUUCGGCCAGGGUGCGCCGCAACAGUUCAUGGGCGACCAUCAGAGGGCAGCCCAGGGCCAGUACCCUCCCACAAGCCAGGCCGGCGGCGGCGGCUACGCGGCACAGCCAGCUGGCUACUACAUGGGCCACGCCGGUGCGCCGCCUCCGCCAGCCGGAGCUCCCUACGAUGCCGCGGGCGCCCAGUCCCGAGAUGUCUUCCACGGCCGUGCAUCCCCAGCAGGCUCAACAGGUUUCAGCAACCCAGGCCUAGAUCAACAUGGAAAUCAACCUGCCCGCCGGGACCAUAACCGUCCGGAGCAGCGCUACGGCAACACCACCCGGCGAUGAGCCGCAUCCGUGAGGUUUUUUUUUUUUCCUCUCCUCUGGUGCCCACAGCCUUCCAGCCUUCCCACCUUGGCCCCACGAUGAGACCACUGGUAGUCUCGUGUGAGUUCAGACCUUUGUUGCGUGCUUUUCGAAGCCACCGCCCACCGCACCCUCCCCAGUUCUCCCAGGAUCGUUGCGCUUGGCGCUUUGCUUGCUUCAUGCCAGGCAUCGCCGGCUGCUUUUCGCACCCUUGGAACGGACCCCGGGAGCCAAAUGCCUGUUUCUCUCUGCCCGUUGGGACAUCCAAAAUCGAAAAUAGACCACGCCAACUCAGGGACCAGCCGCUAGAGCCCCUUCGGAGCCCCCGAAGGGACUGUUGCUUGCCUUUUUUUACCCAUGAGGAUGCGACCCAGGAUCGAACUUCUUUUCACCGCACAGGUGCCAUGCGGGACGCUGUCCCCGGACAUGACGCCAUUACGGCCAGCUUGGCUGCUUACACGACUUUUUACGUUGCUGCUCCCUGGAUACCUACUGGCCACGAGGUUCUUUUUCCUCCUUUCCCUUGGGCAUUUCCCCAGUUGGGGGGCGCCUUCUACAAGAGUGCAUACUCUGGAUCGGCGCACAAGGACACAUUCAUGAUUGGGUUUGGGUUUUGUUUUCACGGCUUCAUGUGUACGGGGGUUUGUCCCUUUGGUUGCUCGCCUGUUUUCUUCAUUGUUGCGGGAUACCAGCGUUCUGUACGGCACCCGUCUUGUUGGAUCUCUUAAUAUCUGGACCAAAGACCAGGGAUGGGAUGCGAAGGCGCGCCUCUUCACGUCCCAUGCCGGUCUCCCACGUUGGCUCCCAAGGUUCUCGACCCCUUGCUGUCCGGAUCCCGGCCAACACUUGACCUGCAGACGACGCGCUGCUUGUCAUCUGAUCUCUCUGCUUGUUUCCCCCCUUCCCAUGAAAGAUGCUCAAGGAUCCGGCGUGACACCUGUCUUCUUUCGGGUUGGUUCUGGUACCUGCCAGGUAAGGCCGAGAUCGCGGACAGCAAGGUGAGUGAUACCCCCGACCUUGUAUAUAACAAUUGACCAUCUGCAAGGCCUCCUAUCUACCUGAUUUGCCUGCCUACUCGG